AUGUUACAAUUAACAGUAUUAAUAUCAGGAUCUGGUUCCAACUUACAAAGCUUGAUAAACUGCCAAAAGGAUGGUCAAUUAAAAGGUAAAAUCACACAAGUCAUCUCAUCAAGUUCCAAAGCUUAUGGAUUAACUAGAGCACAAGAAGCUGAUAUUCCAACCAAAAGUCAUGAAUUAAAGACUUACUAUAAAGGAAUCCCUAAAGAAAAUAAAGAAGAAAGAUUACAAGCUAGAGAAGUUUUCAAUAAAGAAUUAGCCAAUUUAAUCAUCUUUGGUAAUGUUAAAGGUGAACCACAAUCAGAUUAUACCAAACCUGACCUUAUUGUAUGUGCUGGAUGGAUGUUAAUCUUAUCACCAACAGUUUUAAAACCUUUGGAAGAACACGGAAUUACUAUAAUAAACUUACAUCCUGCAUUACCUGGAGCUUUUGAUGGUACCCAUGCUAUUGAAAGAGCUUGGAAAGCUGGACAAGAUGGAGAAAUUACACAAGCAGGAAUAAUGAUUCAUAAAGUUAUAACUGAAGUUGACAGAGGACAACCAAUCUUAGUGAAAUACUUGGAUAUAAUUAAAGGAGAAACUGUUGAAGAUUAUGAAGAAAGAGUUCAUAAAUUAGAACAUAUUGCCAUUGUUGAAGCUACCAAUAUAACAUUAACUAAAUUACAAAACGAUGAUAUAAACAUAGUUAAAGGUUUGGAAAAGAUAGAAAUAAUCUAA